GCUUUCCCUCGGGAGGAGGGGGAAAAGCACCCCUGCUCGGCCAGCUCCUGCCUGCGGCCCGGGUUUGGCGGGCAGCGCCGGCCUCCUCGGCCCCGUGGGCGGUGCUGGGGCGGCCCCUUCCCGCCCGGCCUCCUCCGGCCCCGCCGCUUCCCCGCAGCUGCGGGCCCGGCUCCGCCAUGGGCGCCGCUCGCUGCUCCCGGCUGCUGCCGCUGCUGCUGCUGCUGCUGCUGCUGGCGCUGUGGGGGCCGCGCGUCUCGGCGGGGCUCCGCUCCCCGCGGCGGCGCUGGCCCGUGCCCUACAGGCGCUUUGAUUACCGUCCAAAAGCUGAUCCUUACUGCCAAGCUCGUUACACCUUCUGUCCCACUGGCUCUGCCAUUCCAGUUAUGAAAGAAGAGGAUGUCAUUGAAGUGUAUCGAUUACAGGCUCCAGUAUGGGAAUUCAAGUAUGGGGACCUACUAGGACAUCUGAAAAUUAUGCACGAUGCUGUGGGUUUCAAGAGCUCUCUAACAGGCAAAAACUACACAAUGGAGUGGUAUGAGCUCUUCCAACUUGGGAACUGCACAUUUCCACAUCUGCGGCCUGGUAUGGAUGCACCAUUCUGGUGUAACCAGGGAGCUGCCUGCUUUUUUGAAGGAAUAGAUGAUGCACACUGGAAGGCAAAUGGAACUUUAGUUCUUGUGACCACAAUAUCAGGAACCAUGUUUAAUGAAAUGGCACAAUGGGUAAAAUAUGACAAUGAGACUGGCAUUUACUAUGAGACCUGGACAGUUCAAGCAAGUCCUGACAAAAGGUCAACAGUGUGGUUUGACUCCUAUGAGUGCUCCAAGUUUAUACUGAGAACCUACCAGAAGCUAGCUGACUUAGGAGCUGUAUUUAAGAAGAUACAAACAAACUAUACAAGCAUAAUUUUAUUCAGUGGAGAACCUGUUUAUCUGGGGAAUGAAACAUCUAUUUUUGGACCAGGAGGAAACAAGACACUGGCAGCAGCUAUACGGGACUUUUACAAUCCAUUUAAACCUCACCAGAGUGUCAGAGAGUUUAUUGUGGAUCUUUUCAAAAUAAUUGAUCAUGUCAUCUUGAAUCAUCAGUUUUACCUCUUCUACAACUUGGAAUACUGGUUUUUACCUAUGAAGUCCCCUUACCUCAAAAUAAUUUAUGAAGAGGUCCCUUUGCCUGUUGGACGCAAAGCAUCCUUUGGUGUAUGACUGCCUAAUGAAGAACAGAACUUGCCUUAUGGCAGAAUAUUCUGAAGGAUUUUGGAGUGCUACCAUGAUGAUGUUAAAGGGUUGUAUGUUUCACUGCUGACUAAAACAUUGUGUUGGAAGGCUUUGCUGUACCAGGUGAAAGACUCUGCAUUUGUUUUCAUACUACCUGUAUAACACAUUCAUGAACGCUUCAGCAUCGCUGACCUGGCCAGCUUCUGUGUAAGCAUGGCCCCUGCUGCCUGAAGGGAGACUGCAGUGGCUCCUCUGGCUGAGCUCUGCAGUGCCAGAGGGGGAAUGGGGAGGCAGCUGCCUGCUCUGGGCUCAGGUGCUCUCCACAUGCAUGGCCACUGGCAGCAGAUAGCAGCUGGCCACCAAGAGAGGUGGGACACAAGCUACAAGGACUAACUCGCUCAACAUGAGUGUCUUGAUGUGCUCAGUUCCUUCAACAUGUGCCUUACACUGAUGUUCCUGUAGUUCUUUGGUUUGUACAGCUGGGACCUGUGAACUAUUCUCUGGUAUUCUGGGGCGGUGAAUGUACAGGAGGAUGCCAUGGGUGACGCUUUUUCACCACUUUGUUUCCUUCAACUGCACUGUAAACACAAUACAGGUGGCUCUUCUUCAGUUUCA